CUUGAGGUCAAAUAAAGCGGUAUGAUUGUUAUAAAGCGGUAUCGUGUGGUGUACGCAUGUGUUCAUUGCCUUCCCUAUAGUUUAAAUUGCAUAACUGCAUAUGUCGGAACAGUCCGUAAGACAUCGGUUUCUCGCUCUUCCUAGUGAGCAAAAGCUGAAGUUAGAUAGAGUCACUUCUCCUCGUUGUCAACUAACCCCUGUCCCCAAUCUAUCUACAAGUGCAAUCUUGGAUAUUAACGAUACUUCAAUAACGGUUACAGGUGAUGAUUUCGAAGAUACAUGUAUUCUUGGUGAAGGAUUUUUUGGACAAGUUUUCAAAAUGCGUCUGAAAUCAACAAAAGAAUCAUUUGCAGUUAAAAAAAUACCAUUUUGCAAUUUGGAUCCACGUAAUCCAGAUAUGAUAGCAGAUUUGGAAAUAGGAAAAUUGCAUCCACAUCCAUUUUUAUUACGAUCUUAUUGUGCUUUCACUCAUGUAGAUUCUGUUUGGAUUUUAUUAGAACUUAUGGAUAUCUCGUUAGAUGUGCUUCUAAAUAAAGUAAAGGCACUCAAUGAAUACAUUCCUGAAAAUGUUUUGAAGCAUAUAACAUUUUCAAUUGUUUCAGCAUUAUAUUAUUUACGAUUCGAUAUGAAUAUGAUUCAUCGUGAUAUAAAACCGGCUAACAUGUUAGCUAACAAAAGUGGAGAAAUAAAAUUAGGAGACUUUGGUACUGCCGUCACCCUUUCCAACUGUGAAAUUUUAACGGAUGUUGGAUCAUGGCGUUACCUUGCUCCAGAGCGUGCCUAAGCAUUUAUGAAUUGGCUACUGGUACAAACCCAUAUGAACCGCCUAAAGAUCCUGUAGAUGCAUUCAAUCAGAAAGUUUAAAAUGGACAGAUUCAAUAUCACUAGUACAUUCAGCAUAAUCGUAACAUCAUAUUAAACUUAAACAAUUAAAAUAUUUCAAAAACAAGAAAUUAUUUUGAGUUCAGUAACUGUAAAGGGAUGAAUAAUCAUUUGAGAACUGACAAAUCAUAUACAAUGGUUGACCAUAAUUAUUAUAUACAAGUGUAUAAUGCAAAUUGCUAAGUUUAGUACAAUGAUGCACUAACUAGAUCAUCUAUCUAAAUAUGUUGUUUUAUAAAAUAUUUUAACAGAUAGAUAUUAUCAAUUAUCUAAAUGUGUUUUAAACACUUAGAAAGUUUUCUUGAGUAUUACUUUUCUGUAAAAAUAUAUCACUGACAUUAAAUAUUUGAGCAUAUUGUUUUAAUGGAAUGUUUAUGAGUAUUUCUACGAAAUAUUUCUGUCAGUAUUAUGCUAAUCACUAAUGAUAAAAGUUGAAUAUUUUUCUUCAAAAACUUGUUUAAAUGUAGUAUUAUGUUGUUACAAUGUACUUGUUAAUAUCAGAUGGGUUUUGUGGAUAUUAUAGUAAUUUCAAUGGUUAAGAUCAUGAGUCAGUUGAAGCUAGACCACCAUGGAAAACCUGGAAGCACUGGAGGGCUGUUAAACUUGUAUAAUUAUGCAAUUUUAUGUAAAGAAUUCAAAAAAUCUAAUUAUUAUCCAUAUGAAUUAUCUUCAAUGCACUAGUUAAUUUGUUUCUUGACUACUUUGAAAAUAUGAGUAAUAUUUCGCGAAAUACAUUAACAUGAAUGAUUUUUGAUAAUAUCGGUUUAGAUUAACGUAAUCAAAAGAGUUGAAACAGGCAACGAAUAUAAAUAACUCUAGACAACUCUGCAGACUAAUAUAGGGAACAAGU